AUGGCUUUAAAGUUUGAGACUAUUCUUCUUGUCAUCAUUUUUGGUGCAAUUCUUUUGGAAGGCAAUCUGAAAAUUGUUGAAGCUUGCCCCCAAUUUUGCUAUGGUGAUGCUGCAUACAUGAUUUGUCCUUCUUCUGGAAAUCAACAUCUCAGUCCAGGAUGCAACUGUUGUUUUGCAUCCACUGGUUGUACAAUUUACAAAGCAGAUGGAACUUCUCUUUGUACUAAGAAUUGAAAUAUAGAGGAUGGUGAUGUGAAUGUCUCUAUUCACAUGCACAGAAUAAUCACUCUUUAGAAGAAUCUUGAGCAUGCAUGUUGCUGCAGAUACAACAAUUAUGGAAAAUCACCUGCUGCUGUCAAUAACAGCUUCCACAGGAUGCUGCUCCCCAUUUCUUAAAAAUGCCCGAGCAUAUAAUUCACCUAGUUAUAUAUAUUUCAUUUAAGUAAUAAAAUUAAAAAAAAAAACAAUUAACUGUAUAAUCUAAUUAGAGCAAACUUAUUGUGAUCUUUUUUAUAUGUGUUCUUAUCUUCUAGUUUUAUGAUACAU